CUUACCCUCAGAGCUCAGGGCUACACUUGCCUCAUCUUUUCCAGAAGUAUGUGAGCCCAGAUACGUCAGCCUUCCGGUAUGCAGUGAUCUGUGGCAGGCUGCCCGCCUUUCUCCCUGCUUCUUCCUUCGGAACUUUGCCUUCUUGGCACUGACCACCCUGCCCCACCCUGCGCCACCCAGCCAGCCCAACCUCAGGCCCCCUCCUCAGUCAGGUCCCUCUUGCAGGGAACUGUGACAAGCCCCUUCAACAAGGCAGAGCCCCUGUAGGGCAGACAGAGAGCUGUGGUACGGGGGAGGGGCGGGAUACACAUCAUCUAACAGGUUGGUCUGGCUUGGAAGAGUCCCGCCCUCCUGUAGCUAAUGAACACUAUGCAACAGGUGUUUUCGCCUCAGUCCCCAGCCGGCCCUGGAUGUGACAGGAGGCAGCUGCCGGCCACCAACUCCAAAGCUCCCUAGCUCACUGGUGAGCCCUCUGGCUCCCAGGCCCAGGGGGGCCGCCAUGGCCUACCGCUCCUGCGUCGUUGGCUUCAGCAGCCUCAGUGGCUGUGAGAUGACCCCUGCGGGCAGUCCCCAGCCUGGGACCUCAGGAUGGGGCCGUUGUGGGCUCCCUGGGCCUGGCUUCAGCUCUCGAAGCCUCACGAGCUGUAGGCCAGCUGGCAUCAUCCCCAAGGUGACUGUGAACCCCAGCCUGCUGGUGCCUCUCGACCUCAAGGUGGAUCCAGCUGUUCAACAGCAGAAGAACCAAGAGAAGGAGGAGAUGAAGGUCCUCAAUGAUAAAUUUGCCUCCCUGAUUGGCAAGGUCCAGGCAUUGGAGCAACGCAACCAGCUGCUGGAGACCCGAUGGAGCUUCCUGCAGGGCCAGGGAUCGACCACCUUCGACCUCAGCCAUCACUACGAGACAUUCCAGGGCCAACUGCAGGAGGAGCUGCGCAAAGUGAGCCAGGAGCGCGGACAGCUGGAGGCCAACCUGCUGCAGGUGUUAGAGAAGGUGGAGGAGUUUCGCAUCAGGUAUGAGGACGAGAUCUCCAAGCGCACAGACCUGGAGUUUACCUUUGUCCAGCUGAAGAAGGACCUGGAUUCUGAGUGUCUCCGGAGAACUGAACUGGAAACCAAACUCAAGGGCCUGCAGGGCUUCGUAGAGCUGAUGAGAACAGUCUAUGAGCAGGAGCUGAAAGACCUUACAGCCCAAGUGAAGGAUGUGUCGGUGACCGUGGGCCUGGACAGCCGCUGCCACAUCGACCUGAGCGGCAUCGUGGAGGAAGUGAAGGCCCAGUAUGAUGCCAUCGCGGCUCGGAGCCUGGAGGAGGCUGAAGCGUAUUCACGGAGCCAGCUUGAGGAGCGAGCUGCCCGCUCGGCGGAGUUCGGGAACAGCCUCCAAAGCAGCCGCUGCGAGAUUGCAGACCUCAACGUGCGCAUCCAGAAGCUUCGGUCUCAGAUCGUCUCCGUCAAGAGCCAUUGUCUGAAACUGGAGGAGAACAUCAAGGUGGCUGAGGAGCAAGGAGAGCUGGCCUUCCAGGACGCCAAGGACAAGAUGGCCCAGCUGGAGGCUGCCCUGCAGAAAGCCAAGCAGGACAUGGCCCGGCAGCUGCGUGAGUACCAGGAUCUCAUGAACACCAAGCUGGCUCUGGACAUAGAGAUCGCCACCUACCACAAGUUGAUGGAAGGAGAAGAAAGCCGGAUGGACCUGCCUUCUGCCACUGUGGUCAGUGCUGUGCAAUCCCGAUGCAGAACCACUGCCUCCAAGUCAGGCCUCUCCAAGACCCCCUCCCGGAAGAAGAAGAACCGCAGAGGCCCAGUGAUCAAGAUCACUGAGAUGUCAGAGAAGUACCUCUCCCAGGAGUCAGAGGCCUCUGAGUAAGACAACCCGGGAAGAGCCUCCAGCCGCUUCCCCUGCAGCAGCCUUAAGCUAAACUCAAGGACGGAGCCUGGUGGAGAACGGGAGACUCGGUUCCUCUGGAUGCUGAACGGAGCUCCGCUCUUCAUCCUGUCCCCUCUGCCACUUCCAGCCUCCCGGCCACAGUUUGUCCUGGCGGGUGAAGGGGAGCUUGGGGUCUGCCACCCUCUGCUCCUCUUAAGCUCCUCUUCCCACGUAGCUCUGACAAGGUGCUUGACUUUUGCCCACUGCUUGCCCUGACUUCUGCCUCAGCCUUGCCUUGCCUCUGCCUCAAAACCCAGGCUGGCACCUCACCCACUAGCCAGGACACAGACUGGGCUGAAGGGCACACCUGGAUUUUGUCCUGUAUAUGGUGUUCCUGGGUCUGGGGGCGGUGGGCUGAAGACCCCUAGACUCUCUGCCUUUAGCCUUCCCAGACACCUGACAGUAUUGGGGGACGAAGGAAGGAAAGGCCUGAUGUGUUAGACAAAGCCUGCGUUCCAGAGUGGCCCAGAUGUCUGCGUGUUCCCGCUUCUAGGAACUAAGAUGUCAUAACUGACAUCUGGCCAAGGCCAACACCUAGGAGCAGACGCCAGAGAUGAGGGUCUGUCAUCAGGCCUUGCCUUCCCCUCCCUGCCAGUCUGGGUGGUGCCACCAUCCUGAAAUCUGGGCUCUGGCUCCAGCCCAGGUCUCUCCAACCUCAACACUUUGGCACAGCAGACACUAGAGCCCCAGAGCCCCGCCCACCAGCAAUGCCCAUUUCCUCCAAAUCUCACUUCCUAGGGCCUGUUCUAUCCCCUCAGACAUUCCACCAGUGGGCCAAUUCUUCCCUCUCCCUGCCCCUCCCUUCCUCCAAAUUUACUCCCCCUGCCUCUGGAGGGCCAUGAAGAAGGCUACGCCUGGGAAGAUCUGGACGUUUCUUAGACAUAAAUUUGGCCCAGGAAGGGCCUUCCAAGGACUCAACCCAAGAGAGCCAUUCUAUGUCCACCAAGGGUGUCCGUGUGUUCCAACCCUGGCUCUCACCUCUGGGGUUUGUGGCGCACAGCAGUGCCAGCCUCCCCGUGCCACCGGCCUCCUUCUGUCUCCCUUUAUUCCUGAGACCCAUGUCCUGGCUCCUGCCUCACUUCCUCCCAUCUCCCAUCCCUGCAUCUCAUUCUCCCAAACCAGGUUUUCUCAAGGCCCCGGCCCUCCAGGCCUGCAGGGAGUGUUGAGAGGCUGCUGACUCCUCCAGGCCAAAGGAACACAGCAAUAUACUUAACCCUAGAGUCCCCGAAGCGGGUACUCACUGCUGCUUUCUCUCGGGGCUAUUUAUCCGUUUCCAAGGGAGCAAUCCUCAGUGGCACAUGAAAUAUAGAACAUAUAUAUUAUUUUUCAUAACUUAUGUGGCUUUUAACUUAUUGCUUCCCUUCCUGUUUCUGCAUGAUACGUGCUAAAUAUACUGUCAGGAUUUUAGAGAACUCAUUCCAGUCACCGGCUUGACUGGCUGACUCGGGCGAGGGGUGAAUAAAGUACCGA